AUGGCGACCGAAUACACCAUUGAAGCUGCAGCUUCAGCAUCUCAGUCUUCUGUACCUAUUACGAACGGAGUGAAGAAACUCUACAAACCCCGCUACAUAGAUAUAGGCAUCAACCUCACCGACCCCGUCUUCACAGGCCUCUACUACGGCACACAACGCCACCCUAACGACCUCUCCGGCGUCCUCCAACGCGCGAAAGAAGCCGGAUGCGAGAAAUUGAUCGUCACAGGCAGUGAUCUGAAGGAAAGCCGGAAAGCAGUGCAACUUGCGAAGGAACAUCCAAGAGUAAUAUACGCCACAAUAGGCGUGCAUCCAUGCAAUUGUUCCCAAUUCACGAAAUCACCCUCGCCGUCCACGAUACUAGAUGAGCUCCGGGCAAUGGCGGUGGAGGCAAAGGCUUCUAACCACGCUGUGGCAUUUGGGGAGAUAGGGCUUGAUUAUGACCGAUUGGAGCAUUGUCCGAAGGAAGAACAGCUCAAGUACUUCGAAGCCCAACUCUCGCUAGCAACGGAAGUCCAACUCCCGCUCUUCCUACACUCACGCGCCGCGCAUGCAGAUUUUAUCCGUAUCCUGAGCUCCUUCUCCUCGCGACUUCCCCGCAAGGGAGUAGUGCAUUCUUUCACCGGAACGAAAGAAGAGAUGUGGGAUCUGGUGGAGAAGGGCUGGGAUAUUGGCGUUAAUGGGUGUAGUAUGAAGACGGCGGAGAAUUGCGAGGUGGUGCGGGAGGUGCCGUUGGAUAGGUUGCAGGUCGAGACUGAUGGGCCGUGGUGCGAGAUGAGGGCUAGUCAUGUUAGUGCGGAUUUUUUGCUGGGGAUGGGGGUUGGGCCUAAGGCUGAGGAAGAGGAAGAAGAAGAUCAAAACGGCGAACUCAAAGAAUGGAAAAGCGUCAAGAAGGAGCGCUGGGCAGAGGGUCUAAUGAUCAAAGGCAGAAACGAGCCUUGUAUGAUCGGGCACGUUGCGUGGGCUAUUGCUGGGAUUAAGGGGAUCUCUGUUAAGCAGGUUUCAGAGGCUGCUUGGGCGAACAGUGUUAGGAUGUUUGGUGUUGCUGAGUGA